GUUGACUUGGACGAUUUUGAUAGGAGUAUUUCCCACUUCAAAGUUUCUUUGAACAACCCUACCGCCGGGCAACGAAGUAAAAUUCCUAGCGGCACUCGAUUCACAGACACGAUGGGGAACGUUGAUUCGUAGGGGGCGGAGAGAGAGAGAGAGAGAGAGAGAGAGAGAGAGAGAUCUGCGAAGAAGACAGGUGAUUAUUCGUCUCUCGAUCAUCGAACUUUCAAGCCUCGAUUCAGCAUCUCCAUCGUCAAUCUAAUCACCAUUUUUCCAGACCCAUCCUCGACCUAGUACCAUCGAUUCAGGUUUUGUAGGUGUUCUACAGCAAAUCCCAACAUUUAUGUGUAUGUCUUCGAUUCUGCAGAUGGUAGCUUGGGGAAAAGAGUUGAUCGAUAAUCGUCACCCCCAUCUUUUUCAUUUCAUUUCUGGCUACACGGGAGGACUGUGACUCACCAUCGAUUAUCAUCUCGUCAUUGACGUAGUGGUUCAGGAUCAAAAUCCCUGGAAACCUGGACAGCAAAGAUGGAUGGCAAUGGUGGCAUGGACGGAGGAGCUAAUUUGGCACAUAAAUUUGGUGGUUUAGCUUUGAGUAGUUGUAACAACGGUCCUCCCAACUCCAACUUAACCUACAGCAAUGACAACGGCAACAACAACAACAAUGAUGGCUUGUUUCAGGUCAUUAAAGCUGUCGAAGCUGCUGAGGUCACUAUCAAACAACAGGCGGAGGAGAAUGCUAUUUUAAGGACUGAACAUCAGAUAUUGCGUCAGGAACUUGAGAAAUAUGUAUGUUGUAACAUCCUUUCCAGAAAAGAUCAGAAAGCUGAUAACUCAACAGGCCGAAGACCUAGUCUAAUUGAUCAUUUGGAUGGGCAUUUUCAAGGGCCACACAGGGGUCAUCUAGUAGACUCUGCUGUGGUAAAUGAAGGAGGUGGGGUUGGAGGCACUGGCGACACUUUUCUAAAUGAUCAUUCUGAGGCCUCGGUUCAACAACAUAUAAGGCAAAAUAAUGAGAAUCGGUCCAUACAAGCUCGUUCUGAAAGCCACUUAAAUAGUAGAAACAUCGAUGGGACUGUGAAAGUGCUGUCUGGUGGUCAGAGAACGGUAGAUAGUGCUGGAUUAUCUCAAUUUUCUUCACCAUCUACGACACCCUUUUCCCCCAGCACGCAUCAGCUGAAUCCACAGUUAAAUUUAUCUGGACAUGGGCUGAUGCCCAUGGCUGAAGUUGACAAUUCUAGCCUUUGGAAGCAGGAUCUUUUUGAUAAGAUACGGGAACAUGAAGAAGAGAUUUUGCAGUUGCGAAGACAUCUUGGCGACUAUUCAAUCAAGGAGGCACAAAUAAGGAACGAGAAAUAUAUUCUCGAAAAGCGCAUUGCUUAUAUGCGUAUGGCAUUUGAUCAGCAGCAGCAAGACCUUGUUGAUGCGGCAUCUAAAGCCAUCUCCUACAGACAAGACAUAAUUGAGGAGAAUAUCCGUCUGACAUAUGCCUUGCAGGCUGCAGAAGAAGAAAGAUCAGUUUUUGUGUCAUCUGUGCUGCCUCUUCUCGCAGAGUAUAAUCUGCCACCAGUUGCGGAUACCAAAUCUAUUGUUGGUAGUCUCAAGGUCCUCUUUAAACAUUUGCAGGAGAAACUUAUUAUUACAGAGUCAAAGCUGAAGGAAUCUCAUUAUCAAUUGACACCUUGGCGUACUGAUGUGAACACCUCAAAUUUUCCUCUACAAUCACCUUCUCAUCCUAGUGGUUUAGAAUUGACCAUGACAACUGCAGAUUGGAACACACGGGGACAACAGAACAGUGGUUUAGGUGAUGGGCUUGCACAAAGUCUGGAGCCUGAUGAUAUGGUGAGGUAUUCACCUCUUGCGAGCAGGAAUACUGCAUCCCAAGAUGUACAUGCACCGCUUUCUGUUAGCCAGCGUGAUUUGCGUUCUGCGCGUUACACCGAAGAAACAACCGCUAAACAGGUGACAUUUAGCGACCCAUUCGGUCGUACUGAAGUGGAUGAUCUUCAAGUGGAGGGGCAGCAAAAUGAGAGUGAGCCUAAUGCUAAUUGGGUUUCCAAAAACUCUCCUUAUUCAACGUCAGUUGUUGAUCCCACCUCUUCGUAUUCUCCUUAUUUACCACCAGUACUCGAAGAACCUUCUUCGUCUUACUCUGAAGUAAACUCACUGCCAUAUCCAGCUGGAGAAGAUGAUCCACUACCUGGUAUAGAGGACCUCCAAAUUACAGGUGAUGCUUUUCCUGGAAAGGAACUCCAAGCAUGCGGAAUCUCUAUUAAUGGAACAACCAGUUGUAACUUUGAGUGGGUACGCCAUCUGGAAGAUGGAUCCAUGAACUAUAUAGAGGGGGCAACGCAACCUAAGUAUCUUGUUACUGCUGAUGAUAUUGACAAAGUCCUCGCUAUUGAAGUCCAGCCUCUGGAUGACAGGAAACGCAAGGGUGAAAUUGUAAGAGUCUUCGCCAAUGGGCAUGGAAAGAUCACCUGUGAUCCGAAAAUGCAGAACUCCAUAGUAAAGACACUUCACAAUGGCCAUGCUUCUUUCAGGGUAUCCUCGUGGACUAGGUAUCUUGAUAUUUGGGAGCCCGCUACCUUGGCAAUCAAGAGUGAAGGUUACAAUAUCAAGGGUUCUGGACAUAAUGGUGUUCUAGUCACUGAGAAGUUUUUGCCAACCACAAGGGUGACUAUUUUGUUCGGAAAUGCAACAGAAUUUUCUAUAAUAAGUUCAGAUGGUGUUGAGCGUAGGUUACGAGAAGAAAAUAAUGCUGAAGAUGAAGAUGUUAGCUGUUCAAGAGAUGCAAUUGUUCUCACCUUGAGAUUAUUCAUUAUGAAGGCUGCUGAGAGAAAAAAAGGGAGGAGAAGGAAUUUGAAUUUGUUCUUUAAGCACUAAGGUGACCAUUUACCGCCCAUUCGUUUGUCGUGAAAGGUGAUGUAAUUAUUGAAUGAGGAGUCGGUGAAUUACUUCAAUUUUUUCUGUUGCUUGUGUACGAUGUAUGUACCUUUCACAGCGGGCUCAAAUUGACUCGACUAUGAAAUGAGUUGCAGUUCUCUCUC